AUGGCCUCCAUGUCUUCAAACACGCCAGUGGAGUUGCGGAGUGAAGUGAACGAGCUGCGGCAGGGUUUUAGGGAUCCACAGAUUGAGAAGAAUCUCACUCGCAAGCGUGAACUUCUUCGAAAAGUGAUUGCCCUUAUGACGAUGGGAGUUGACACCUCAAGUCUCUUUACGGAGAUGAUAUUGGCGUGUGGCACGACGGAUAUUGUCAGCAAGAAACUUAUUUACUUUUACCUCAUCAGUCGCUCAGAAAACAACGCGGAGCUGGCGCUGUUAAGUAUUAACACCCUCACGAAGGAAUGCGGGGAGGAAAGUCCGCUGGUGCGUGGCCUCGCCUUGCGUUCACUGGCGUCGUUACGUCUACCGCAGUUAUUUGUCUUUUUAAUUCCUGCCGUAAAGAAGGGCUUUUCAGACGUUUCGGCUCAUGUACGGAAAACCGCAUGUCUUUGCGCACUAAAAGUGUUUCGUAUUUCCCCAGUUGAGUUUCAUAAACAGCGGUUUUUUGAGCGGAUGCUGGGAAUGUUGCGUGACAGCGAUUCGCUGGUGUGUUGCAACGCCCUUGCCGUUCUCGUGGAGGUCUCGCGUGAUGCCGAGGCCAACGGUACCACAGAAGGCGUGUUUGAAGUGACAAAGCCAAUUUUAUAUUACUUGUUGAACAAAUUGCGUAGCGUUCCCGAAUGGCACCAGGCGCAGAUUAUUAAUCUCGUCCUCCGCUACACCCCUACAAGCGAAGAGGAGAUGUUUGACAUUAUGAAUCUUCUUGAGGAACGACUUCAGAGCAACAACAGUGACUUGAUCCUCAGUGCCAGUAAUGUGUUUUUUUACCUCACACAAAAUUACCCUGCGGUAUAUCGUCAAGUCUUUGACAGACUUAAACUUCCUCUUCUCUCGCUUUUAUCGUCAUGCUCCAAAAUGGAGGUGUCCUACGUUGUGUUGUGCCAUAUUAAACUUCUUGUUCAGCGUGAACCACGCGUGUUUCAGGACUCAUACAGGGUCUUUUAUUGCCUUUACAUGGAGCCUACCUAUGUGAAGGCAGUGAAGAUUGAAAUAUUGUCCAUGUUGGCGACUGAAGCAUCAUCAACCGACAUCCUUGAGGAGUUUGCAGCCUAUGCGUUAGAACGUGACAAAGCCGUAAGGGGUGCGGCUAUCGAAGCAAUGGGAAAAGUGGCACUGCGUCUCCCUUGCACUGCACAGAAGGUGCUGCAGCACUUUUUACUUUUUCUCGAAAGUGACUCGGAUCAUGUCCGUGGUAAGAGCCUUGCUGUGAUGCAGAAUUACCUGCGCAAAUACCGCGACAUUGAGGUCGUGCGUCCAUUUCUCGACGCUCUUGUGAGGGUCUAUCACGAGAUGAACUUUGUGGAUGAAGAUAGCCGAGUGGCGCUCGUGUGGGUCCUGGGAGAACUCGGUGAGCACAUUGAGGAUGCCCCGUACAUUCUUGAAGUCAUGUGCAAUGAAAAUUUACUUGCAGAACCGCCGGAAUUUCGUCUGCAAUUUCUCACUUCUGCCGUGAAGCUAUUCUUUAAACGACCUCCCGAGAUGCAGCCGGUGCUUGGAACGAUGUUUAAACUACUCAUCAAUGAUUUUUCUCAUGCCGAUGUGCACGACCAGGCACUGCUCUAUCAUCGACUUCUUCGUCAGAACCUCAUGGCGGCGAACAAAAUUAUUUGCGGUCCAAUGGCGGAGAUUAAAUAUUUUGUGGAGGAGCAGAACGCGGCGCUGCGAGACAAACUCUUUGAGGAGUUUGACACCCUCUCUGUUGUGUACUACCAGACGAGCGACAGCUUCAUGAAGCCGUCAGCAGCGGGGGGCGAAGAAGAAGAUGAGGAGGAGGACGAGGAUGAGGAAGAACAAAAUGAUGAGGAACACGCAGUAAAUGAAGGAAUGAUGUCGAUGGCUUCCGCUAGCAGAGAAGCACAAGAACCGAACGGAAUGGGAUUUGGAUGGCAAAGACCAGUCCUUGGACUCAUGGACAGUGGCUUUGAAUUGUCAGAGGAUCCGAGCAUUGAGCCACACGAAUUUCAACGUCGUUGGGGUGCAUUAGGUGAAAAAGCGACAUCCACAUUGCAGCUGCAGCUUCAGAAGGUACCGGAUACGGAGACCUUUGAGGAGGGUCUGGAAGAAUGUGGCAUUAUUACAUUGGCUUCUGGUGCUCAGGGCGACGCGCAGAAGUACUACUUGUAUGCCCAGGAGGAGGGAGACGACACCACGUACUUCAUGAUUGAGCUUUUUUUGCACAAAUCCGGUUCUGUGAACAUUACAGUCAAAUCCGAUAAUCCUCACAUGCCACAGUUCCUCCUACUCGUUAAGAGAAUCAUGGAGCAGUUCUGA